UACGUUGCCUAUGAGUUGUUAUGGCUCAAGCUACAGGAGAGCAAGAUUUGGUCAACUUUGAAGAUAUAAAGGACAGUCUAAAGACUGGAGAUCUUCUUCUUCUUUAUCGGAAAGACGAAGAGAUACCUAAUUAUGCCGUGAUAAUCAACAACUCUGACCAUAUGAAGUACUUUCCACUUCUCAUGGUCAAAGGAGUCGCCAAGCCAAUGCAAAGGGAAACUUUCCUGCACAGCAAGAGAAGAUUCCUCACUGCAGUCACUGCCGUUGUGAGAAUAUUCUACGGAGACUAUGAGCGUGUAGCAAUCUGCAGAUUGAAGACAAGUGAGGAUGAGCAGGGAAAGCUAAGCUCAGAUGCUGCUCUGAAGGUUGUAGAUAACAUUGAUACUGAAACCUACACUGAUGAAGAGUUUGAAACAGCUAGUGAGGCUCCUACCCCUACCUUUCGAAGUGUCGUUACGACUGUCAUCAACUUGCAUCGAUUCUAUCAUAAGCUAGGGGUCUUGAAGGACACUGCUAAGCCCUCCGACAUCAAGAAUACGGCUGAGAAAUGGCAUGAAAUACUACCUGUAACAAAGCCGCAGUUUCUCAAAGUGCCUCCAGUUAAAUUGGGCCUCCUAAGCAGAGAAGAACCACCAUUAUACCAAAAAAUUUUGCGUGGUUUAAUGCCAUUUGCAGAAGAUGUCCAUGUAACUUAUAAGUCAAUAAGAGAUACACUGAAUACUGGAGAUAUCGUGCUGUUCUCUUCAGUGUGUGCUGCUGGGGCGGCUAUUAAAAUUAUUGGACAACAACAGUUUUCACAUGCUGCACUUGUGCUCAAACCAAAAGGAUCUGAUAUAUUAAUGGUCUGGGAAUCCUGCCGCAAUUUUGUUGGUAAGGUUGACCUAGGAUCUUGCCAAAUAAUGGGAGGAACACAAAUACUACCACUCAAGCACAAGAUAUUUAGCGGAUACAAUGAUGAAGUUGCUAUCAGGCGUCUUGUGGAUUUGACUGACAAGGAAAGAGAAAAGGUCCAUGACACAAUAAUGGCUCUUACUAAGAAACGCGAAGGUGUGAAGUAUCAAGCAAACAUUUUUGAAAUGGUUAAAGCUGGUUAUGAUUUUUUUGAUAAUUUCCUUUCAAUAUUUAAAAACGAGGAAGAAGACAUCAGUACAUUAUUCUGCAGUGAACUGGUUGCUAAUGCUUAUCAAGAAGCUGGGCUACUUGGUGAUGAAAAACCAUCAAAUGAAUAUUCACCAGAUGAGCUCUCAAGCCAAAACAAAGAUUUGACAUUAAAGAUGGGACGAUUGGAAAAGGAGAUAUACAUAAGAAUGAAGUACGAUGAUCUCGACAUUGAAGACUAAGAGACUCAAACUCAUUAUGCAAACUCAUACAUGUACCAUAUAGAAUUGGAUAUGAUUAGUAUCAAACAAUGAAAGACUGUAUACAUGAUUACAUGUACAUUAGUUUUAGAUUAUAGAAAUUAGAAGUUUAGUAUAAUUAA